AAUAAUUGCAAAGGGACAAAGAUGCAGUCAUGCAGCAAAAGAAUUUGACAGAAGAAAAGGUUCACGGUCUCAAAAUAAUAGUACCUGAAACAUUCACAGAUGAUAUCGGGUCUCUCCUCACAGAAGUGUUCUUGGUAGUUGGCACCGACGCAUGGUAUCAUACACGACAACGAUUCCCACAUGUUGAGACUCAGUGAGUCCCCCACGAACAUUAUCUUCUUCCCCCUCCAUCUCCUCAGAAACUCACCCCCAUCAAACCUUCAUACAAUAUCAACAAACAACUCAUUGGUUAUACCGGAAUCCGGUUUAGCUCGGAGGCUUAUUCUGUCAGGCUUAUUGUAUUGCAAUGAAGUAUAGACAUAGACCCGAAACCCCGCAGAGUUAGAACUCAGAAGAAGUACAUUGGCAAGUUACAUGAGUCGUGUUUCCAUGCAUACUUGAGGAACUGCUUGUAUUACUUGUAGAUAAAGAUAUGGAAGAGAGCUUUUUAUCAAUGCCAACAGAAAAAAAUGAUCCAAGAAAAUUUGGCAGUACCAGUACUAGUUUGACAUGGGGUUAUUUCUCUGAAGAACUGAAGAGGCAAUGUUACAUAGCAGGACCUAUGGUUGCUGCGAUUCUAUCCCAAAACUUGCUGCGUGUGGUUUCUAUGAUGAUGGUUGGUCACUUGGGAGAGCUAGCUCUCUCAAGCUCUUCCAUUGCCAUCUCCCUCUCUGGAGUCACUGGCUUCAGUGUUUUUAUAGGAAUGGCCAGCGGACUGGAAACAAUAUGUGGGCAAGCAUAUGGGGCUAAGCAAUAUCAAAAACUUGGACUUCAAACCUACACUGCUAUAUUUUCUCUAAACUUAGUUUGUGUCCCUCUAUCUGUGUUAUGGAUAUAUAUGGAGAACUUACUAAUUCUCAUGGGUCAGGAUCCUCUGAUUUCUCGCGAAGCUGGCAAAUUCACAAUCUGGCUUAUUCCAGCUCUCUUUGCUCAUGCAACUCUUCAACCACUCAUCAGAUACUUUCAGACACAGAGUUUGAUAACUCCUGUACUCCUAAGCUCUUGCGCCACCCUUUUGUUUCAUAUUCCUCUUUGUUGGGUUCUAGUAUUCAAGUCUGGACUGGAUAAUGUUGGAGGGGCACUGGCAAUUAGUAUUUCAUAUUGGUUGAAUGUGAUUAUACUUGUAUUGUACAUGAAGUUCUCUUCUGCUUGUUCACAAACCCAAGCUCCAAUUACUGUGGAUGUAUUCCUUGGAAUGAAAGAGUACUUUUACUAUGCCAUCCCUUCCACAGUUAUGAUAUGCGUUGAGUGGUGGUCAUUUGAGCUGCUUAUUUUGCUUUCUGGGCUGCUACCAAAUCCGGCUAUUGAAACUUCGGUCCUGUCUGUAUGUCUCCAGACUAUUUCAACACUCUAUGCAAUACCCUAUGGGUUUGGUGCUGCAGCAAGUACUAGAGUUGCAAAUGAACUGGGAGCUAAUAACUCAGAAGGUGCUCGUAUAGCUGCGCGUGCUGCAUUGUGUCUUGCAGUCAUAGAGACGAGCAUAGAAACAACAACUCUCUUUGCCUUGAGGCGUUCUUUUGGUUACACAUUUAGCACUGAACCACAAGUCAUCGAUUACGUCACAUCAAUGGCGCCUCUAGUGUGUCUGUCUCUUGCACUAGACAGCUUGCAAGGGGUCCUUACAGGUGUUGCUAGAGGAUGUGGGUGGCAGCAUAUAGGGGCUUACAUAAACCUUGGAGCCUUUUAUCUUUGUGGGAUUCCAGUUGCUGCUAUAUUGGCUUUCUGGUUAAAGCUGAGAGGAAGAGGCCUUUGGAUUGGAAUACAACUUGGCUCUUUGGUGCAGACCAUAUUUCUUUCAAUUGUAACUUCUUUUACAAACUGGGAAAUGCAGGCAAAGAAGGCAAGGGAUCGGACUGGGUAUUCUAAAGGAGGCUCAACAGAAGAUGUUGGACUGUGCCAUUGAUGAAAUACAUUCCAAAUAAGUUUCAGAAAUUCCUCGACAAAGAUGCAAGUUGUUCCGAAUUGAUUCAGAAAUACUAGAUCGACAUUUGAGCUCACAUGUGUUUGUUUGCUUAUCUAUUUGGUCCAAUAUGACUCUUUUAAGUUAUUGAUAUUAUUUAAACUAGCUUUCAUAUACCCGCU